AUGUAUGCAUGGAUCUAUCUAUCUAUCUAUCUAUCUAUCUAUCUAUCUAUCUAUCUAUCUAUCUAUCUAUCUAUAUUAGUCUGUAUUUUCGUUCAUAUCUCAUCCAAUCUCCUCAUGUAUGUAUGUAUGUAUGUAUCUAUCUAUCUAUCUAUCUAUCUAUCUUAUCUGCAUUUUCGUUCAUAUCUCAUUCAAUCUAUCUAUCUAUCUAUCUAUCUAUCUAUCUAUCUAUCUAUCAAUCUAUCUAUCUAUUUUCGUUUGCAUUUUCGUUCAUAUCUCAUCCAAUCUAUCUAUCCUCAUCUAUCUAUCUAUCUUAGUCUCAUUUUCGAUCAUAUCAUCCAAUCUAUCUAUCUAUCUAUCUAUCUAUCUAUCUAUCUAUCUAUCUAUCUAUCUUCGUUGUGCAUUUUCGUUCAUAUCUCAUCCAAUCUCCUCCUCAUCUAUCUAUCUAUCUAUCUAUCUAUCUAUCUAUCUAUCUAUCUAUCUAUCAGUCUGCAUUUUCGUUCAUAUCUCAUCCAAUCUCCUCAUCUAUCUAUCUAUCUAUCUAUCUAUCUAUCUAUCUAUCUAUCUAUCUAUCUAUCUAUCUAUCUUAUUCUGCUUUUUGUCUAUCCAGCAGCUACCAAAUGA